AGAUGAGACGACGAUCCUGUUUGUUGUUUGUGAACUUUUGUCGCUUCAGUAUAUUCGCUAUUAUUUAAUUAAUCUAUAUAUUACAUAAAAGAAGCCAUAGUUUGGAAGUGAUGUGUGAUGUGGAGAUCGUGGUGCGCGAGGCGCGCGCGGCGGAUGAGGCGGCGCGGGCCGAGCUGGUGCGGCUCGGGUUCGCCUCGCACCGGAAGGAUGCAUUCCUGCUCUUCUUCUUCCAAGAGUUGAUAUUCCAGGUGUGCGUGCUGGCGGGCGCGGUGCUGUUCAUCUUCUGCGGCGUGUCGGUGGCGGGCUGCCUGCUGCUGGCGCCGGCGCUGGCGGCGGCCGUGGCGCUCGGCGUGCACGUGGCGCACGCGGCCAACGCCGACAAACAAGUGCAGAACAUGCGAAAGGAGAUGAUGGGCUUUGUGGCUGAGCUCCGUGGACCUCUGUUAGUAAACCCAGAAAAAGUGUCGCCUGUGAUUGUCACGGAGACCGAACAUCAGCAAUCUAAACCCAGCAAAAGUGUACACACACAGGUGGUGGGGACAGUCAGCAUAUCCGAGUUCUGGGGGCCUCGGGAGAGCGGCUGGCUGCAUGCGUUCGCAGUACACCCAGACUGGCGGCGGCGGCGCGUGGGACGUGCCCUGGAGGCGGCGGCGCGCGCGGGCGCGGCGCGGCGCGGGCUGGCGGGGCUCGAGGCCGUCGCCAGCGAGCUGCAGCCGCGAGCCCGCGAGUUGCUGCACGCCGCCGGGUGA